CGAGAUGUGCAGUGGGCGCGCCGGGCUGACGCGUCAAACACGGACCACAGAAUGAAGAAAAGUUAUUGGUUACCCACACGGAAUGAAAAAUGCUUUCAUUCAGAGGAGCUGCGGCUGCUUUUCAUAACAGCAGGGUUGUUGUGAUCUUUCAGCCAUGCUUUGAAGUCACCUGCACGGGCUUCCUGUGAUCCUAGAGGGGAGGGAGGACAUCUUUGUGCUCAUCGAGGAGGAGUCUGCUGGUUGACUUCCAGUAGCUGCCUGGCCACCGCCUUCUUUCUGCUCCCCCCCCCCCCCCCCCCCCUCCUUCUUCUCCUCCUCCUCCUCCUCAGCCGCUACUGCAGCAGCAGCAGCCCGGUGCCUCCUGGAUCCAUGAAGAAAUCCCUCCUGCACGGCACCUUCCCCGCCACGAUGGGCCGCAAGCCUUUCACUGCGUUGACGUGUUGAUAUUGAGAUAUUUCAGUUAUCAAAUAUGAAUCAUGCAUUUGAUAUUUCUGGCCACUUUGCUCGUCAGCACCCUUUCGCCCUGGCUUCAUCCAUCACUAGCGUCAUUCGUUUCUCCAGGAGUAGAGGACAAGGUUGAGAGGGAUGCAGUGGCAGCACUGCUGAAGCAACAGGCAACUGCAGCACCUGCUACGGACAACACAACACACCAUGCAGCAGAGCAUGAGAUCACCUACCCCUCGCGGUUGAUCUACUACCUAAACGAGGACUCAGAGAGUACCUACCAUGACCUGGACACCCGGGCCAAGAACCAAGCCACGGAGGGCCAGGCAAUCCACCUCGCCCAGGCCAGUUUCCAGUUGGAGGCAUUUGGCUCCAGAUUUGUCCUGGAUCUAACGUUGAACAAUGACUUGCUGUCUUCAGAUUAUGUUGAGAUCCAUUAUGAAGGGGGCAAACCUGUUCUAUCUAAGGGCGGUGAGCACUGUUACUACCACGGCCAGGUGAGAGGGAAUGAUAACUCCCACGUGGCCUUAUCUACCUGCAACGGGCUGCACGGGAUGUUUGACGAUGGAGUCUAUGUGUAUCUAAUUGAGCCCUUAGAACAGACUCAUUCAAUCGAUACAGCUGCAAGGCCUCAUAAACUAAGACGAGCAGCCUCCCUUCACUGGAACAAUGAUUCAGAGGAACAGGUGGAGGACGAGCAGCUCUUCUCAGAGCUGGAUGACUUGUCUUGGCUGAAGCGCAGGAAAAAGCGAGCUAUUCCUCGCAGUGUAUUUGAGGAGAUGAAAUAUUUAGAGAUCAUGAUUGUCAAUGACCACAACAUGUAUAAACGACACAAGACCAAGCAGCACACGAGGAACUUUGCCAAGUCAGUGGUGAAUCUUGUGGAUGCUAUCUUCAAAGAGCAGCUACACACGCGCGUGGUGCUCGUUGCCGUGGAGGUCUGGACAGACAAGGAUCAGAUCCCCAUCAGUGUGAGGCCGCUGGAAAUUCUGCGCGAUUUCUCCAAGUACCGGCAGCAGAGCAUCAAGCACCACGCCGAUGCUGUGCACCUCUUCUCAAAUGUGACCUUCCACUACCGCAGAAGCAACGCAGCGUACUUCGGGGGCGCGUGUUCUUUGAGCCGCGGUGUAGGGGUCAAUGAGUACGGCACCACCGGGUCCAUGGCAGUGUCUCUAUCCCAGAGCCUGGCACAGAAUCUGGGCAUCCAGUGGGACCCAGCAUCCAGGAGAAAAGAAUGUGGUUGUGCUGACUCGUGGACUGGUUGCAUAAUGGAGGAUACUGGUGUCCAACACCCACGGAGAUUCUCCAAAUGCAGCAUCUCAGAUUAUAAGGAGUUCCUCUUGAAAGGUGGAGGCUCUUGUCUGUUUAACAGGCCAACCAAGCUGUUCGAGACAACAGAAUGUGGGAAUGGAUUUGUGGAAGUGGGAGAAGAGUGUGACUGCGGAGGGAGAUCAGAGUGCUACAAGGAAUGCUGCAAGAAAUGUUCCCUCGCCAAUGGGGCACACUGCAGCGACGGCCCAUGCUGCAAUAACACAUGUCUGUUCCUUCCACGAGGUUGCACUUGCCGCUUCGCUGUGAACGACUGUGAUAUCUCAGAAACGUGCUCUGGGGACUCUGGACAGUGCCCUCCCAACCUUCAUAAACAAGAUGGUUACCUCUGCCAGGUUAACCAGGGUCGCUGCUACAGUGGAGAGUGCAAGACCAGAGAGAACCAGUGUAAAUACAUCUGGGGGUCAAAGGCUGGAGGCUCGGAGAAGUUCUGCUAUGAGAAGCUGAACACGGAGGGCACAGAGAAGGGCAACUGUGGAAAAGAUGGAGAGAAAUGGAUCCAGUGUAGCAAACAUGAUGUGUUCUGUGGUUACCUUUUGUGUACCAACAUUGGCUCCAUCCCCCGCAUUGGAAUAAUGAAAGGAGAGUCUACUACCACAUACUUCAACUACAAAAACGGGAAGAUAGAUUGCAGUGGUGGCCAUGUUCUUCUGGAUGAUGACACCGAUUUAGGCUACGUGGAGGAUGGGACUCCCUGUGGGCCGUCAAUGAUGUGCCUUGACCGAAAGUGUCUGCCCAUCCAGUCACUCAACAUGAGCACCUGCCCCACUGGACCUAAUGGACAGGUGUGCUCUGCCCAUGGGGUGUGCAACAAUGAAGCCACAUGCACCUGUGACACCACCUGGGCAGGGACAGACUGUAGCAUGCCUGACCCGCCUAAAGAGCCUGAGGCCACUCCGGACGAAGGACCCAAGGUGAGCGUGGCCACUAACAGGCUGAUAGGGGCAGUAGCAGGGACCAUUCUGGCCCUGGGGGUGAUUUUUGGAGGCACAGGGUGGGGAAUAGAAAAUGUGAAGAAACGGCGAUACGACCCCAACGCCACAGCCAUUUAACCCACGGAGAGAUGGCAAUCACUGAUGGACUCCUCAAAGGCUUCCUUAGUUGGCUACCUGACAGCUGGACUGCACUUAUUGCUGCUGAUCUUUGGCAUUAGAUUUACUUGAAAAAGACAUAGUGGACAUUUUAACAAAUUCCAUCGUAGUGACAUAAGAAAUGCAGCCUCUUCAACUUCACCUCACUCAUGUAACAACCCCCCAACCCCCACCCUCCCCUGCCCACCCUGGUCUCUAGAGUGACAGAGCCCCUCUUCCAUCCUUUAGUGCCAGUGCACAGGCGUUUAGGCGGAAUCCACACCACUCUCUCACCUGGCAUGAUUAUCCGCACAAAGCGUGCUGCUUGCUGGCCCCCCCACCCCCCCCCCCCCCCCCCACCCCCCCCCCCCCCCCCCCCCCCCCCGCCCCCGGCAUGAAGAGCCCACUUUACAGGGCUCUGCAUGGCUACGAAAGCUAUAAAUAUACCGCAAAAAAAACAUACAGAGAAAAAAAAAGGAACUAUCCAACGGAGGAGAUAGCCUUGUUAAAAACCAAACCCAGUGGAAAGCCGAUUGAAGCACCUAUAGUUCAUGUUUAGGUGCUGUAGAUGAAUAAGGAGGCUGCAUGUCACGACCCAUUAGGGCAAUGCAGACCACAUAAUGAAUGCACACACACAAAACUGUACAUAAAUAAGGAGUUCAGGUUUGGAAUUAUCAGCAUAUUUUACAAGAACAUCAAUUGCUUUUGUUUUUUAUCUUAGCAUGUUGUAUAGCGGGUGUUUUUGGCAAUGUUAUUGAAAAAAAAAACUGCAAUUAUGAUUUGAGCCUAAAUUGUAGUCGUACGCUGCACAGCUUGCUGCGACUGUGCGGGCAGAGAUCAAAGGUUACAUUCACUUCAGCAGACAGAGCAGCUGCGGGGUCGAGGAGAAGCAUGUCAGUUCUAGAGGGAUUCAGACUGCGAUCACGUCAGAUUAACAUCAUAAGAUUUCCCCCUGAAGUAUCUUCAACAGUGACUCAAAAGCCAAAGAACCGAUCACCUGAACAUAUGGAUGUUGUUGCACACAGAGCACUUUCCCCUCUGUCUGCAGCCAGUGGUGCCUCUCCUACUGCUGAGGGCAUGAAGUCUGUCCAUGCAGGCGCCCACCUGUCCAGCCAGGUCUCACUUAACAGUCCUCAUCAACACCCACUAUACUGGCUUAGCCUUUUGCUCUCAUAAACUCUUGGUAGAAAUCAAGUUCAGCUCUACAGGUAACGCUGCAUGCAAUCACUAUAGUGGGCUUAUGAUUCUAUAUGGAAGUCCCCAAAAUCAGCAAGAAAAAUAUGCUACAAAAGGUAGGUGCAUGUCAACAACAAAAACAUUUAACUUUUAUUUACUAUGCAAAGAGAGAUAUUGCACAAAAGUAUGGGUAAUAAUGAUAUCAAUGUAGACAUGGAAUUACAAAAACCUCUGCUAAUCAACUAAUCUUUUGUAUCUGGCCACUCCCACGUCUCGUUUCAUCUCGCUUCAACGUACUCAAACUAUGAAUGGACAAAUAAAAUAAUUUUAAAAAACUGAAUAUUUCCGAUGAAUAUGAGAGAGCACCCUUUUACAUUUGUGGAACUGAAAAUCAUUUUUGUGUGUUUUUCAUUCAGUCUGAUAUUUUUAAUCACACACAUGCACACAAACACACUGUAUGGUGCCUGUACAUAUUGAGGCCUGAACAGUUUCCUUGUGCAGGGCUAUUAUUUCCAGUCCAGCUGAUAGUUGGUGUGUUCCAGGUGCUGCCAUAGCACUGGCAUUGUUGUAAUCCUCCAUGUUACUCAUCGUCUGGUGUCCCUCUCUCACUGCAUCAUGUACAGUUGGACCGAUGAAUAAACUGACAAAUUUUA